ACCAUUUGUGAUAGUUUCUAGUCUAGGGAUCCACCGGAAUGAAGUCCUGGGUUGCAAUUUUAUUCCUCGCGGCUUUGGCCUGCGCAGACGACACGUUCGAUGGCAACACUGCGUAUGGUUAUCUGCAGAAAUAUGGUAUCCCAGCGGCUGAAAGUAGACGUAAAGCUGAGGAGACAGCUGAAGUCCAAUCAAGGAUUGUAGGAGGUGUCCCAGCUGCCCUCGGACAAUAUGAAUACCAGGCGGGACUUAUUAUUGACAUCAUUGGACUCACGGCCAGGGGUGUAUGUGGUGGCUCGCUUCUCAGCCCUAACAGAGUAGUAACCGCUGCUCACUGCUGGUGGGACGGUAUAAACCAGGGAUGGCGGAUUACUGUAGUCCUUGGCUCCGUCACUCUUUUCACUGGCGGUACCAGACUGGAGACCAGCGUUAUUGCUAUGCACCCUAACUGGAUCCCAAGGCUGGCCCGCAACGACAUUGCUAUGAUCUAUCUACCUUCUUCUGUUAGCUUCUCAAACACCAUCGGCCCCGUUGCCCUGCCUUCUGGACCUGAGCUUAAUGAAGACUUUGUGGGUUCAUCUGCUAUCGCUUCUGGAUUUGGACUGACUUCCGACAAUGGUAACAUUUUACCGUCUCAGUUUUUGAGCCACGUGAGCUUGAAUGUAAUCACCAACGGCAUUUGCUCUACUGCCUUCCCCUUGAUCAUUCAACCUUCCAACAUCUGCACCAGUGGUAUUGGUGGUGUCGGUACUUGCGGUGGUGACUCUGGUGGUCCUCUUGUUGUCACAAGGAACAACAGACGUAUCUUGAUCGGUGUGACAUCAUUCGGUUCAGCCUUUGGAUGCCAAAUGAACUUGCCAUCGUCUUACGCCCGUGUGACUUCUUUCAUGCCUUUCAUCGAACAGCACCUGACGGGCAACAUGAAACUGGCAGUGUUAGCUCUAUUGGCUUUAGCUGCCGUCGCCACCGGCAGAAGCAUUGACUACGAGGAUGGUCUUGAAGACGUCACCGCUUUUGGAUACCUUGAAAAAUACGGAAUUCCUCGUGCGAACGAAAUUCGUGAAGCCGAAGAAGCCGAAUUAGCUGGUGGCUCCAGAAUCGUUGGAGGAUCUGCAGCUAGCCUUGGACAAUUCCCAUACCAGGCCGGUAUUGUUAUCCACCUACCUAGAGGACAAGCUAUUUGCGGAGGUUCCCUCCUCACCAACCGUAGAGUCCUGACCGCCGCUCACUGCUGGUGGGAUGGCGAGAACCAGGCCCAGAGCUUUACUGUCGUUCUUGGAUCUAUCCGAGUUUUCUCCGGUGGAGUGAGAAUAAACACAAGGGAUAUUGUCAUGCACGGAAGUUGGCAGCCGCGUAUUGUCAGAAACGAUGUCGCUAUGAUUCGACUCCCACAGAACGUUGGACUUAACAACAACAUUCAAACCAUUGCCCUGCCUUCUGGUGGUCAACUGAACGAGAACUUCGCUGGCCAGAGAGCCAUAGCUUCUGGUUUUGGUCGUACUAGAGACGGUCAGUCUAUCUCCACCAGCCAGGCUCUCCACCACGUUACCCUUGAUGUGAUCGCUAACAACGUGUGCUCGCGCACCCAGGGCAUUGGUCCCUUCGUGCACUCCACUAACGUCUGCACCAGCGGCGCCGGUGGCCGCAGCACCUGCCAGGGAGACUCUGGUGGUCCCCUUGUCGUCACCAGAAACAACAGGCCGCUAUUGAUCGGCGCGACAUCCUUCGGUCACCGUGAUGGUUGCCAGGUAGGCUUCCCCGCUGUCUACGCCAGGAUCACCUCUUUCAAUGACUGGAUCAGAAGAAAUAUGUAAAUCUGAAAGAAAAAGUAUGACACGAAGUUUAUAACCAGAAACAAAAAUUUAUUAAAUAUUUAUUCUGAAAAUCUUA